CAGAAUGAAGAAAUGAACGUCUCGUGGUGCCGUCCUCCAUGAGUGGCGCCAAUGUCGAAAUUGUUUGUGCCCGCGCGUGCGACGAGUCAGCUUUGUUCUGUUCUGCCGUCGCUUUUUUGCAACUAGCGGGGUACGCUUUUGAGACGAAUGAAUGCCGUGUGGGCUUUUUGGAACAGUGUGUUUCGGUUGUUCGCGUGUUUUUCUCACCCCGUCGCGUCCACGUAGCGAGUAAAGGAAAUGAUCUCGCACUCCCUGUAACGGCCUGCUGUGCGAAACUUCGCGUAUUGUUGGAGUCAUGGGGAUCAUUGCAUCUAAAGUUGUCCUUUGUCUGGAGAACCUGGAGCGAAAAAUUGUACGACUGCGACGCUUCGACAGUUCACUCAAAGGCUACACCAAGUCGCUGGAAGCUUUACAAGAUGCCAUGGGACAACAAGUCGAUGAACUGCACCAGUUCGUCCAGUUACAGUCGGCAGACCUGCAGUCCCUAAAGGUUGACCUUUCUCAGGGUUCUUCGAGCAUUGAGAGUUCAAAGGUGGAGCAAACUGUUAUUGGGGACUAUGACUCAGCAAUGGAAUAUAUUGAAGACUUUCUGCAGCAAGAAAAAAGCACAUUGCUUGGUGCACACCCCUUCAAGUUGAAACCAGACAUGGCGGUUGGUGAUGCUGAGCAGACUAUUUUGAUGUCUCCUUCACAGCUCAAGAGAGCUUCUCAUGAAAUGCCGGAUACAAUGAAACCAGACAUGGCAGUCGGUGAUGCUGAGCAGACUAUUUUGAUGUCUGUUUCUUCACAGCUCGAGUAUUCAGAUGAAAUGCAUGGAACAGUGUGCAGCAAACCAGACUUGUGUGUUGGUGAUACAGAGCAGACUGCUUUGGAAGCUUGCAUGGCAAAACUCGAAAUCGGUGGAGACAUAGUCUACAGUUGUCUACAGGAGCAAUGGGCACAUAUUUAUGACCUUUGUGAUGGCUGCUUUGUAGCAACUCCUGAAAAUUGCCUGAAGUCAUCCAUAAAAUACUGGGUGGAGCUUGUCAUGGUCCUGAUUAGCCAGAGAAGCAUCAAGGAAGAAGACAAACAUAUGAUUCACUUCUCCUGCAGGCGGAAUGCAAGGCUGAGUGCGGUGUGGCCCAAGAAAAACUGUCGCAGUCACAAAAUGCUGUUGUCCCUUAGGGACAACCUCCGCAAGCAAACAAAAGUCCAGAUGCCUAGUCUUCAUCGGCAGCAAAAGCUGCUAGAAGAGUUGCAGCAGGACGUAGACUUUCUUGACAUGGUGGCCAUGGAGCUUGCAACCUCAAGCAUGGCUGUCAUUGACAAAAUGCAUGAGAAUAAUAUACAUGACAAGAAAUCCACUGCUAUGGAGCUGCAGGCACUGAUGCCAGAAGUUGAAUAUCUUAGUGCGAGUCUACAAGAACGAAACACGGCAGCACGGGCCUGUCUUGUUCCUGCUGAAAUGGCCACAGCUGCUGAGGAGCCACCAGCCUGCAUUGAUGUCUUGGGAAAGCACCAAACUGUGAUCCUCCAAGAAGUCCUUAUGUUUCUUGACAACAUCCAACUGGAGGAGGACGAUGCUGACCUUGAAAAACUCGCCAUCAAAGUUGCCACGACAGAAGAAGCUGUCAACACAGCAGAGAAGUGUAUUAUGGAGAGUAAUCCUGUUUCAGCUGUGAAAGAAGUUAUCCGUUCCUUAGAAGCCCUGAGGAGGCAAGGAGAAGUUUUUUUGCUCUCCAAAGAAACAGUUGAGGGCCGCACCUUCCAACAAUGGUUACCAGACAUUAUGAAAAGACUUGUAUCGGGGCGCCAAGCUAGACAACGCUUGAACCUAAAAGCUGCCACCUCUGUUUCAUAAUAAGUCUGUAAAUAUGCCUUACCAGUUUUGAAACCGUGCCUGUCCUUACUUAAUCCUUUUACUGCCACUCCUGAGAUAACUCGGGCACCCAUUGUCACACUCCUCUAAAAGCAGCAUGGGCAAAAAAGAACAUUGCGUGUGCUAUCUAUGGUGAAUCAUACCCACAAAAAACUUGCAAGUUAAAUUUCUAACUGUAGCUGGAGCAAAUGUCUCAGUGCUGUCAGUGCACUUUGAUAGACAAAGAGAUUUACGAACUGUUGAUUAAUUCUCAAUCAAAAGAAACUGAUGACAAAGAACCAGUACCUAUGUAGCACGCGGAAAAAUUCUGACAGAACCCAGCCCACAGUGAAAGUCGACAUUAAUGCGAUUAGCAUUGAAGCAAUGUAGUGACACACCAUAUUGCCACUGCAAAAAUGUAUCGUGUAUGAGAUGUGUCUACAGCUUGGCAGAGUCUUCUUCCUCUUUGGACUCCCAAUACUGUUUGUCGCACUGGCCUGUUUGGCCAAUGCUAGUACAGCUGAGCAGAACCCCGUAGAUUACUUCGGGGGUGCAGUAGAUGAAUGUGAUGAUGUGUAAUGGCAACCGCAUUAAGGGGGGCGCAGCUUUGGCAUUGCGAAGAAUUGCCAAAAAAUCGAUUUUUUUGAAAAUAAAAUUUCCCGUUUCUACA